AUGUCUUUUGGCUGUUUAUGUCUCAUUCACAAUCAUAUUUGGAAAAUAGGAGUAAAUUCGUUAGUGGGUGGAUAUGAUGGAGCUGUUUAUAUUGCAGUGAUGAGCAUCGCGUUCUGUUCCAUGGUGAUUGGAGAGCCAGAAGUGCCUCGUUUCAUAGCGGACCGUCCAUUCCUCGCUGCGAUUGUAGCCCACGACACUUUGUACUUCAUGGCUAUGCACCGUGGGAAA